AGUAAACUCCUGGCUCUGUUUGUCCGGUAUAAUUCUUUUCUUUCUUCCGAGUGGCCUUCCACAGUGUUGAGAAGAAUGCAUCUGCGACAAGCUUGGCUGAACUGGAAGAUACGAUCCGAAGAUUAAAGUACGAGUUAGAUAAGAUGACUAGCAGCAGUAAGAAGAAAGAGGACAUUAUCAGUAAUGAUAACUGCAAGAUUGAACAACUGCACUCAUCCUUAACAAAGACCCAGAGAGAGCUGGACGUUGCAUUGGCAGAGCUCGAGAAAGAACGAUAUAACAUAGCAGUUAAGGACGACGAGAUUCAAGAGCUAGAUUCUGUGAAGAGAGGAAUUGGUGAAGAAUCGUCCCAGCUGCGUUCAAGCCUUUCAGAAAAAGAAGACUAUAUUCAACGGCUGGAGGUCAAGCUUAAAAUUCGCGUGGCCGAACAUGAGUUGAAACUGAAAAACAUGGAGGAAGACUUUUCGCGAACGAGAGAACUUCGGCGAGAGAAGCACCGGAAAGAAGUCAAGGGAUUGCAGUCUAAGCUGAAGGAGCAACAACUGAAACACCUGACUCAUUUAAAUAUUUAUCAGAAAAGGGUUGAUCACCUCGAGGCUGAAAUUGAGACGCUGAAAGUACAUGGUGAACAUGAGCUUAAGUCUCUAAACUCCCAAGCAACAGAUCAUGAAGACAAUUUUAAACUGGUGUGCCUAAAUUUCGAACGAAAACUUCAAGAGUCUCAACGAAAGGGUACACAGCUGGAAGAGUCACUGGAGUUGCUGGCUCAAGAGCUUCGUUCGAGAGAAAGGCAAAAGGUUGCUGACAUCGAAUCAUUAAACCGAGAACUUGAGGAUGCGAAACUUGCGGAGAAGAAUGCGGAAGCGGCAGCUUUGCAAAGCUAUUUGGCCAAGCUUGAACAGAAGGAGAAGGAAUUCCAUCAGAACGUGGAAGAUGAACAUGAACGAGCUGAAUGUGCGAUUCAAAAGUUGAACGAGAUGCAUGCUAUCGCUAUAGAAGUUGCUCUCCAUAACCACCAGAUGGAGCGUGACGCUCUUAAAAACGCGUUUGAGGAAACUAAGGCACAAGAGAUUCGAGUGGCAGCUGAGAAAUAUCAGAAACAAAUAGAGAAGACUGAGGCUGAGUUUGAAGAGGAGCGCGGAAGGUUCAGGCGUGAGCAGGAUGAAACACGAGUUUUAGUUGUUCAGCAACAAAAUGCUUUAGUAAUGGCUCAUCAGCACGCUCUUGAGGCUCAAAUGAAAAAGGCAGAGGUUGAGGUGACUCAACUCAAAGAAACUCAUGCGAGGGAGAUGGCUAUUGCUGUGUCUCGGUCCACUGAAAAGGUGGUCUUGGAAUCUCUGACCUUGCAUGAAGACCACAAGAAGCGGCUAGAACGUCUUUCUGAAGUCCAUAGAUCAGAGACGCAAAAACUGAACGAGAUCCACGCAAAGGAAACAGAGAAGACUAAAUCCCAUAACUCUCACUUGAUGCACCGUAUCACCGAGCUGGAAUACAUGAUCACUCUUAAGGAGAAAAAACUGAAAGAUUUAAGCGAUAACAGCCGUGAGAUUGAAAUAAAGAGCGAAUCUGCUUUGAAGGAGUUGAGGCUGAGCCAUGAGAAAGCCUUCAACUUUCAGCGGUGCAAGUUUUCCAAGGACAAGGAAGUUAUGGGGAAGCAACUGGAAAAGAAAUACCGGACCGAGCUAGACACCUGCAACACGUUUCAUGCACAGCAAUACCAAAAUCUCCAACAAGAUCUCAACCGUAGCAAGCUUGUGAUGAGGCAAAAGCAAGCAGAAAUGACAGAGUUACAGCAACAGUUUGUGAAGCUGAAGGAACGAUUUGAUAACCGAGAGUCGAAACCAGAAGAUGUGGAGAGAAUUACAUGCUUGGAGCAGCUGUACGUGAAGCUUCAAGAGUUGUGCGAAGCUAAAGAUCUGGCGUACCAAAGACUUCACGCUGAGUCGAAACAAAUCAAGAUGGAAAUGCUAAACCGAGAAGAAAACUACAACAAAAUCUUCAGGAGCUCCCCAGUGGUCCAGCCGACAUCGAUUGAAUUGAAGCCAAGGAGCCCAUCGCGAUCGGCGCAAGGCUCACGCUCAGCAUCUCGUCAAGGCAACCGUGUGGAAAUAAAGUUCUAGAGCAUUCUAAGUGCCACCUGGUAAAUUAAAGCCAGACGUCGGCAUUGUUUUCUUCCGAUGUUAAAGUUAUAAAAGUUCGCGUGAGAAUCAGGA